CUUCCUUGAGACUUCAUUCUUAGAAGGUGAAAAAAGCAGUUCUUGGGAAGAGGGCUUGUUUGUUCCGUUCUCAUUUUGCUCCUAAUUGGAAAUUUGGAACUUAUGGGGGGUUAACCUCUGUUGUUAGGAAGUUUUAAGGAUCCUAAUCGGUAGUAGUGAAGUGGGUUUUGUAGUAGAGAUGAUUCAGCUAUUGUUCUUGGUACUUUUUGCUGAAGGGGCUGUGGCGUUACUUCUAAUGGUGAAGAUUGGGCCCUUGAGGGAGCUGGUGAUGAGGAACUUGGACCAGCUGAAAAUGGGGAAAGGGCCUGCCACUGUGAAGACCAUUGCUGGUACCAUGUCCGUGAUUCUCGCUUCGAGUGUAACUAGCAUUCUCAAGAUCCAGAACAAGGGAUCUAAGCUUGGGACUGUGACACCCAUGGAUCAGGUCCUCUGGAGGACGCACCUGCUAGAGGCUUCGCUCAUUGGAUAUUCUUUAUUUCUUGGAUUUGUAAUUGAUCGUUUACACCACUAUCUACGCAAAUUAACCGGGUUGAGGACAGCAGUUGGAGCCUCCAAACAGGAAAUUGAGAAGAUUCAGAAAGAGCACCAGCAUAUCAAAGAGAAAGAAGAGAAAGCUUCCAAGGAAAUUAAGUUGCUCCAGGAAGAGAUCUCAAAUUUGACAGAAAAUUUGAAGAAGCUGAAAUUGGAAUGUGAGGAUAAGGAUAAGAAGGUGCUUUCUGCUGAAGCUCAUGUUGCUGCCCUUCAGAAACAAUCUGAAGAUCUACUUCUUGAGUAUGACCGUCUGUUGGAGGAUAAUCAACAUCUUCAGAGCGAGGCUCUUGGAUACAGGAGCUGAGAGGCUGGUGGAAUGCCAACCACUUAGGUCAUCUCAGUUUGUAUUUGUAGGCUAGUAUUCUUCGGUCAAAUGUCUCCUUGGUCAUGCCAGAAUUGAUACAGAUCAACAGCUUCCUUGGGGGGACUAUUUGGAAACGAAAUUGGGAGUUCCUUAGGGUAGAUGCUGUUGAAAAUUUUGUAAUAUUUGUUUGUAUAAGAAGAUCCUCCAUCUA